AUGCAUCCAUCGCACGCUUGUGACUCGAUCUGUUGGACAAAAAGUGAUCAUUCAAGCCUUGUCGAGAUCUCGAAACAAAGAAUGGACAUUCUCGGCAUCAUCGCCAUCAUUUUCUUCUAUGCUCUCAUUUUAAUCGUCGGCGUUUGGGCGGGCAGAAAAACGAAAGAUGCGAAAACACUGGAAGAGGGUGAGCACACGGAAGAGGUGAUGUUGGCCGGGAGGAAUAUUGGUACUCUUGUCGGCAUAUUCACAAUGACCGCGACCUGGGUGGGCGGAGCGUACAUCAACGGGACAGCCGAGGCUCUGUAUAAUGGAGGAUUGCUUGGGUGUCAGGCUCCAUUCGGCUACGCGAUUUCUCUGCUCGUUGGUGGAGUUUUGUUUGCGAAACGAAUGCGAGAAGAGGGAUACAUCACAAUGCUCGACCCAUUUCAGAUCAAGUACGGUCAACGAGUCGGCGGUUUGAUGUUCUUGCCGGCAUUGUUGGGAGAAGUCUUUUGGAGUGCCGCCAUUUUGUCAGCUCUUGGAGCCACUCUGUCAGUGAUUCUCGCUAUCGAUAUAGGUAUCUCAGUGAUCAUCUCAGCCAUCAUCGCCGUUUUCUACACGUUCACUGGAGGUCUCUACGCGGUGGCCUACACAGAUGUUGUUCAACUCUUUUGCAUUCUCGUUGGAUUGUGGGUUUGCAUACCGGCAGCACUUCUGCAAGGGAAAACUAGUGACAUCACGAGGAAUUACGAAGAGUGGAUAGGCACAGUUGGCGGUUUCCGAGAGUGGGCUUUGUGGUGGGACUGUAUGCUCUUGUUGAUAUUUGGUGGGAUCCCGUGGCAGGUGUACUUCCAACGCGUUCUCUCAUCGAAAACCUCGCAGGGUGCUCGAAUGUUAUCCUUUGUAGCGGGUAUUGGAUGUAUUUCUAUGGCGAUACCCCCAGCACUCAUUGGGGCAAUUGCAAGGAAUACCGACUGGACACUCACUGACUAUGAACCGUGGAAUAAUGGCACAAAAACAGUGAUGAUCCCGGAAGAUAAACGGAAUAUGGUUGUGCCGAUCGUCUUCCAAUAUCUCACACCGAGAUGGGUGGCUUUCAUCGGCCUUGGCGCAGUCUCGGCGGCAGUGAUGUCAUCAGCUGAUUCGUCGGUUCUUUCAGCUGCCUCAAUGUUCGCGCAUAAUAUCUGGAAGUUGACAAUUCGACCACAUGCUUCCGAAAAAGAAGUGAUAAUUGUAAUGCGAUUUUCGAUAAUCGUUGUUGGAAUUAUGGCCACAGUUAUGGCGCUCACCAUUCAAUCGAUUUAUGGAUUAUGGUAUUUGUGUGCGGAUCUGGUCUACGUGAUUCUUUUCCCACAACUUCUUUGUGUCGUCUACAUGGAAACAUCCAAUACCUAUGGUUCAAUGUCCGGAUAUUUUGUUGGGCUGAUCCUUCGAUUAUCUGGCGGAGAGCCGUUAGUCGGUUUGCCUGCUUUCAUUCACUAUCCAAUGUAUGAUGUCGAUGAAAAGAAGCAAUAUUUCCCUUUUCGAACGAUGGCCAUGUUAUCAACACUGUUUACAUUGUGUUUUGUGUCUCGCUUCUCGAUUUGGCUCUUUCGUACGGGUCGUUUACAACCAGAAAUGGACAUCAUGGGUUGUGUUGUCAAUGUGCCACAGGAACGAAUCGCUCUCCGUUCGGAUGUUUCAUUCAAUGUCAGCAGUGAAACUCUUCUAUUGGCAAAUGCGAACGGCUCCACUGCCUCGAUGACAACAACAGUGGAGAACGGUGGUGGAAAGACGAAUCCGUCCUUCACAGAGAGCACUCACCUCCAUCCAUCGCAUGCAAUCAAUACUUCUUAUGCUUCAAUUGACCAU